AUGGGGGCCCCUCCUACCAAUGGGCUAUCUACGGGUUCCCGUCCCCAGCAGCAGCAGCAGCAGCAGCAGCAGCAGACUCUCUGCUCUUAUGCAGCAGAUAGGCCAUACACCUCACAACAACAUGGAAAUCAACAACUAUCAGCAGCAGCAGCAGCAACAGCAGCAGCAGCAGCAGGACCAAUACCACAACAACAACGACAAGCAAGAACAAUAACAGCAGCAGGAGCAGCAGGAGCACCAGCAGCAGCAGCAGCAACAACAGGACGAUCGACGAAGCAAGAUGAAGCGCAAAUAAUAAGUUCAUCGUCACCUUUGUCAACAGCAGCAGAAGCAGCAAUUACUUUCCCCGAUGCAGCAGCAGCAGCAGCAGGAACAGGAGCAGCAACAACAGCAGCAUCAAGAGGAAGCGGAGAAGAUGAUGGUUGCCCUGGUGUAUGUAUUAUUAUUGCCUUAUUAUUAUUACCUUGGCAUAGUCAUGAACAGGCACUGCAGCAACAGCAGCAGCAGCAGCAGCAGCAGACUCCAGCUAUACAACCUGCUGCAGAUAUGGAUAAAGCUGCAGCAGCAGCGGCAGCAGGUGUUCUUGUUCUUGAUGUACCAACAGCAGAUGAUGGGGCAGAGAUUAUUCCCCUUAGUAAACAGCAGCAACAGCAGCAGCAAGUGCAGCAACAGCAGCAACAACAGCAACGACAGCAACAACAACAGCAACAGCAACAGCAGCAGCAACCUUGUCCUAGUCCUAGUACAAGCGGCAGCAGCUUACCUCUUUUCUUGCCGCAGCAGCAAGAAGCUGCUGCAGACAGCAGCACGAGUUUAUCCGAGGGGGGAGGUGUUGACUCCCCUACUACCUGCACUACUGCAUUAGCAGUACCUGCAGCAGAUUAUGACCCUACUAAUGCAGCAGCAGCAGCAGCAGCAGCAGCAGCAACUGCAGCAACUGCAGCAGCAGCAGCAGCAGGGCAACCGAGAGUAUCUUUAGCUUUAAGACGCAGAUGUUUAUUUAUGUGGCAAAAAUGUGUUCCUUUCUGCAGCAAAAACAGCAACAGCAGCAGCAGCAGCACCAAACCAACAACAGCAGCAGCAACAGCAGCAACAGCAGCAACCCCAACGAACCCUAAUAAGAAGAGCAGCACAACAAGUACAUCAACAACAGCAUCAUCAUCCUCAACAUCGUCAGCAGCAACAGCAACAACAGCAGCAACAACAACAAUACUAGACAACAGCAACAGCAACAGCAGCAGCAGCAGCAACAACAAGAGGAGCUUCCGUGGAACUGCAGCAGCAGCAGCAGCAGCAGCAGCAGCUACAACAUUACCAUCCCCUAAUGGACCAGGAGAUGGACAACAGCAGGGACAACAACAAGAAGAAGAAGAAGAAGGAGGAGGAGGAGGAGGAGGAGGAGGAGGAAUGCAACUGCAGCAACUGGAUCAGCAGCAAAUGCAAAUUCAUAUGCAAAUGCAGCAACAAGUGCAGCAGCAGCAACAAGUGCAGCAGCAGCAACAAGUGCAGCAGCAGCAAGUGCAGCAGCAAUUAGAGUUAUCUAUACAUACAACAGGAGAUGAUGAUGAUACUAUACAUCAUCAUCUAAGGCAAUGUUCUUGUGAUGAUAAACUCGCGCUCCUCCCUCUUACUGCAGCAGCAACAGCAACAGCAACAGCAAAAGGAACAGCAACAGGAACAAUGCCUGCAGCAGCAUGUACAACUGCAGCACCUGCUGCAGCUGCAGCUGCAGCUGCAGCUGCAGCAGCAGCAGAAAAGGUACCGUUAAGGGCUAUGAGACAAAAGGGUACAACAGAUACAGAAGCAACAGAUGUUAGUCGUGCAGCAACAGCAGCAGCAGCAGCAGCAGCAGGGGAAGAAGAGGAAGAGGAAGAAGAUAGGGAAGCAGCAGAACUCUGCUGUUAUGUAUAA